AUGCAGUUUGUUUCAUGGAAAUUUACUUCUUGUUGGGCCAUGUACACAGGUAUCCCUGUUUGUUUCAUGGAAAUGUAUUUCUUGUUGGGCCAUGUACACAGGUAUCCCUGUUUGUUUCAUGGAAAUGUAUUUCUUGUUGGGCCAUGUACACAGGUAUCCCUGUUUGUUUCAUGGAAAUGUACUUCUUGUUGGGCCAUGUACACAGGUAUCCCUGUUUGUUUUGACAAGUGGCUGGGACAGAUUUGUGGCUCUUUGUUUAAAAAUGUGUAUGUGAACCCACUCUGUCUAGAUAAUCCAUUGUGCCCCUGA